AUGGACAUAGAUUUCAUAUACCUGCUUUGCCUGGGGCUGUGCCUGUGCUAUGGAGAUGAGGAAGAGAAUGAGGAACUUCCCAGGCCUUCCAUCAGUGCCUGGCCCAGCUCUGUGGUCAGGUGCAAGAGUAACGUCACUCUCCGAUGCUGGACUCAUUUCCAGAACGUUACAGUUACUCUGGGAAAGAUGCACAACUCUGGGUACCAGCAGGAGCUAAGAUCAGUGGCAAAGGAGGCUGAGUUCCACCUCACUCAUGUGCAGCCUGAAGAUGCUGGGGGCUAUUUCUGUGCUUACAGGACAGCAGCCUCCCGCAGGUGGUCAGCACGGAGUCAGCACCUACAGCUGGUGGUCACAGAUGGAGUGGGAGGAGGUGGAGGAAAUUCCCCCCGACCAUCAAACAGCAAACGCAUCAUCCUUACCACCUUCAGCUGCCUCUGCAUCUCUCUUCUCUUUGUCUCCAUCUACUUUAUCUACAGAUGCACUCAGAAAGAUCAUAACAUCCUCCGGGGAGCAUCUGUGCUGUCGAAGUGA